CAGAGUAAAUAAUAAGUAUAAGUUUGGUUUAACUACGUCAGAAGGCUUCACUCUUACUGCUAUGUUCCUAGCUAAUACAGAACCAAGUUUCAUUUGGACGUAUCAAAACGCCGUUAAUGCAACUAGAACUGAACUUAUAAAUGGAACAGGCAAUUUCAUUAUCCGGAAUUCCUUUGACGGGAUGAACCUGUCUGCUUUGUCGAUGGGGAUACGUAAAUACAUGCAGAAACACCAGUACGGAACAUAUACUGUCACGGCCACAAACAGUCAGGGAAGUGGACGGAUCAGCUUUUUAGUUGAAGAACAGGAUAAACCAAACCCUCCUUACGAAGGCAUAGCUAUUUGUCCUGACUCAGACCGAGCGAUUCUGAUCUGGAGAUCGGCUUUCAAUGGAGGAUCUAACCAAACUUUUGUGGUCGGAAAAAGAACCCGAACACAAGACAUAUUUGAUAUAGACAGAAAGCUUGAUACCCCCGACCCAGGACAACACCGAACUGCCAACAUUUCUAUAUCUGGCCUUACUGCCGGUACACAGUAUUUCUUCGUGGUGUUUGCUGUGAACAAAUUUGGAAACUCAACUAUUGAACGUGACGUCAACUGUACAACACAAGUUUCCCAGGUACAUGCAAGAGCAUGUGGAACUGACAGUAUGUAUGUACCAGGAGUUGUCCUGGCGGUCACUGGAGUAAUCACGCUUUUGUUUACAGUUGGACUCGAGAUUAUUUUUAGACGAAAUAGAAAACUGUGUUGUAGUAAGUUGCAGCUUCCAAAACAGAAAGAGUUCCAGAAUAUUCAACUCUCAGAACGAGACAGAACACCCCAUAGGGACAAUGAAAGAUCUUUAUAUGACCAACUCGAUACAAAUGACGUUGCCAAGGCGUCCGUCUACUCUGAACUUGGAGGACAUCACCAUGUUUACCAGAACGAUCCAGUCAGUGAAGGAAAUGGCGGUGACAGACAGUACGAGUCGUUGAAGGGACGCACCGCUUCAAACGUCUAUGAGGAACUUCACAGUCAAACAGCUGGUGAAAAAGAAACAUAUGUCAAUACAGCCAUUGGCGGAAAGAGGAAACAACAACACUGAAGUGAAAACAUUUAGAGGCGAUUUACCACACGUUACAUAGUAUGUGAAUCGUGUACAGAUUGAAAAGUAACAUCUUCAACCUGCUGACGACCGUGCUUGAAUAAGUCUCAGUGAUGAUAGAAUAAACACUGCCAGUAGCCUGUGUGUACUGUCAAUGUAAUGCUCAUUUGCAUAAAAAA